AUGGGUAAAAUCACCACCGAAGCGAGAAGGCGACCGCGAGCCGCCCAACUCCUAUUGUCUCUGGCGCUCAGGGCCCUCAACACAGUCCAGAGAUCAGCGCUCAUACAAAUUCUGUCAGCAUUUAAGUCGGUGGCGACCGCCACUAUGGAAGUCGAACUGUUCACACUACCGACCCGCCUUCGUCUCCGCCAGAGAGCGCAGAUAACCAUUGUCAACUUACUCACACUCCCGUGGGACCACCCGAUACAAGGAGUACUAUUGAGGGCCAGAAGACGACGGGAUAACGGUGGCAAUGGCAGCGGCCCGCGAUUUCCCCUUGCUGAAGCCAUGAAAACCAUGAGCCUUGAGCAAUUCAGCGGAUUAGAGACUAUCAAUCCCAAACCGACAGCCCCAUGGAAACUACCAGCAUUUAAGGAAAUUGACAUCAACCCAGACCGAGAAAAGGCACGGAAGAACGCCGCAUCCCUCCUCGCAAACCCUCACCAAGUGGUCUACUCCGACGCCUUGGGACAUGACAACCACUUGGGGGCAGCGGCAGUGGUCCUAGACCGCAAUCAGAACAUAGUGGUGUCUCGCAAAAUGGCUAUAGGCCCAAUGGCACAUUGGUCCAUCCACAUAGCUGAGCUAAUUGGCGUCUACUACGCAAUCAGUCUGGCGCUCAAAAUCUUCCACCAAAACGGACAGUCCACCAGACCCGGAGCGGGUGAAGCAAUAACAAUCCUGAGUGAUAGCAAGUCAGCAAUACAAGCCAUCAAGAACCCACGCAACACAUCUGGACAAAGAGUGAUCGAGGCAAUCAACCAGUCAGCUUACGAACUAGAUAGCCGCGGCAUUCCUCUCCGUCUCCAAUGGAUCCCUGGUCACUGUGACGAUCCGGGGAACGAUGCAGCGGACUGCCUGGCCAAGGCAGCGGUUGGCCCGACUAAGAUACACCCCUUCUGUCGACCGGUCUCGCGGGAGAAAGCGGCAAUUCGAAGACAGAUCUUAAAGGAAUGGGAAGACGAAUGGAAGACAUCCAAUAAAGGAACCCACCUACGGAGAAUUGAUACCAAGCUCCCGGCCAUCCGUUCCCGCCGGCUAUACCAAUCGUUGCCCCGGAACCGGGCUUACUUACUAACUCAACUACGAACAGGACACUCUUGGCUUGCAACCCAUGGGAAAGCUCUCCGGCAUCGCGAGGAUGAUAAAUGUGAAUGUGGAGCGAAAGAAACGGUCGUCCACAUUCUAAUCGACUGCCCGAGAUUAACAACAGAACGACAGAGACUACGGAAGGAGGCCGGCGACGCGUUCGGCAACGUAUCGCUCAUGCUUGGAGCAAAGGGACAAGGGAUUACUAGCAGCUCUGCGCCGGGCGGCAUUCUAGAUGCUGUUCUGGACUUUGCGGAAGCAUCUCAAAGGUUUUGUAGCCGUGGGCCAAAGGACCCACAACAACAGAACCCAAGGCAAAGGCCGACCACAGGCCCCUAG